UCAAGAGAAAAAAAAAAAACCUAAGGGCGUGUUUGGUGCGCUGAAUAACCUGGGGUUUAUCUCUGUUUGCUAUCGUCAAAUAGUUGCACACCAUGUAUAUGCGUCAUUGCCCCAAAGCCCCAAACCCUUUUUCUUCUUCUCCUAUAACCCUCUCUCUCUCUCUCUUUCUGUAAAACCUCUCUCUCUCUCUCUCUCUCUUAAACCCUGUUUCUCUUUCUCUCUCUAGAAUGGUAGUACUACGAACGAAGGAAGCCUGAUAUGCUGAUAAAUGUCUAGUAGGUUCAAUAAUAAUUCAUGGCUAUCGUUGAAUCGAUACUUGAUAUUCCUGUUCAAGAUCCAUCAGAGGAGGAGUUCUCUUCUGCUGAUUUGACUUGGACCAAGUUUGGAACUUCUGAUCACCAUGAUGAUGUAGCCCUCAUUCCUUAUGAACGGGUUGAUGAAUUUAUAAUUGGAGAAUGCUCUAAUGUGGAAUGCCCGACGCGCUUUCAUAUAGAGCGGGGUAGGAAACGGUCUAUUGGCAGCUUGAAGGAAUACAAGGACGAUGAAUAUUUGGAAUAUAGACUGUAUUGGUGUUCCUUUGGUCCUGAGAAUUAUGGGGAAGGUGGUGGUAUAUUACCUAGCAGAAGAUACCGACUUAAUACCAGAAAUCGUGCUGCUAGACCUCAAUCCAUGCGAGGCUGCACAUGUAACUUUGUAGUGAAGCGGCUUUUUGCUCGUCCAUCACUUGCGCUUAUUAUUUAUCACGAGCGACGCCAUGUAAACAAAUCUGGUUUUGUUUGUCAUGGACCACUUGAUAGAGAUGCAAUUGGGCCAGGAGCCAAGAAAAUACCAUACAUUUGUAACGAGAUUCAACAGCAAACUAUGUCUAUGAUCUAUCUUGGAAUUCCUGAAGAGAAUGUGCUUGAGAAACACAUUGAGGGGAUUCAGCGAUAUUGUGGUUCAAAUGCAAAAGUUAAUAGCCUUGCUUCCCAGUAUGUCCAGAAACUUGGGAUGAUUAUAAAACGGUCUACUCAUGAAUUGGAUCUUGAUGAUCAAGCUAGCAUCCGCUUGUGGGUUGAACGAAAUAGAAAAUCCAUAUUCUUUUUUCAGGAUUCGUCCGAAACGGAUUCUUUCAUUCUGGGGAUUCAAACUGACUGGCAGUUACAACAAAUGAUUCGCUUCAGCCAUCAUAGUCUCAUUGCAGCUGAUUCGACAUUUGGCAUAAAGAGACUUAAGUAUCCUUUGUGCACGCUUCUUGCGUUUGAUUCAAGACAACAUGCACUGCCUGUUGCAUGGAUCAUCACACGUAGCUAUGCAAAGCCUGAUGUAUCUAAAUGGAUCAAAGCUCUUCUCGAUCGAGUUCGUAGUGUUGAGCCUGGAUGGAAGAUCAGUGGCUUUUUAGUUGAUGAUGCAGCCGCGGAGAUUGAUCCCAUCAGGGAUAUAUUUUGUUGCCCUGUCCUAUUUUCCCUUUGGAGAAUUCGUCGAUCAUGGCUGAGGAACAUUGUAAAGAGAUGCAGUAAUAUUGAAGUCCAGAGGGAAAUUUUCAAACGUCUGGGUGGAAUAGUUUACAGCAUUUGGGGAGGAGUUGAUUCCCUCCGUGCCUUGGAAGAAUUCACACAAGAUUUCGUUGAUCAAACAUCUUUCAUGGAAUAUUUUAAAGACUCUUGGGUGCCUAAGAUUGAAAUGUGGCUUUCAACGAUGAAAACCUUUCCGCUUGCAAGCCAGGAGGCAUCUGGUGCCAUUGAAGCAUACCAUGUAAAGCUGAAAAUGAAACUAUUUGACGAUACACAUCUCAGAUCGCUACAGAGAGUUGAUUGGUUAGUACAUAAGCUUACGACUGAGUUGCAUUCGAGUUACUGGCUUGACCGCUAUGCAGAUGAGUCUGAUUCUUUUCAAAACAUUAAGGAGGAAUAUGUUGCUUCUACAUCUUGGCACAGGGCAUUGCAAAUUCCCGAUUCUGCCGUUACGUUGGAUGAAAAUGCCCGUCUCUUUGCCAAGGUUCUAAGCCAAAAAGACAGUGGCAUUACACGGCUAGUGUGGAACCCUGGGUCUGAAUUCGCUUUUUGUGAUUGUGCAUGGUCAUUACAAGGAAACCUUUGCAAGCACGUUAUUAAGGUCAAUAUGAUAUGCCAAAACAAACAAGAUUCUCAACCUUCCAUGUCAUUUCAGUCGUUCAAAGAGAUACUUAUGAAUCUGUGGAGGAAACCGAUGGAGGAUUCUGUUGGAAUGGACCUGUCCAUGGCCUGGACUCAUCAGAUGGUUGAUCAAAUUCAAAAACUUGUUGAACUGAACGGUUCCAAAGAUAUUGGCAAAAUAGUUAGUGAUCUGCCGUUGAGAUGGGUUUCGAAGAAAGGCAGAACACAUGUCGGCAGGCCAUCAACUAUUGGGGUUCUUUCAUCCAGUUCUAAUGGUACAAAGAAUGAUGCGCCAAGGAAGAAGAAUCGAAAGCGUAUAAGAUUGUCACGGUUAAGAUAAUCUAUUAUUCUGGGCAUGCAAACUGCAAUCAGCUACACGGUUUUCUCUUCCGAAUUGGUCAGGAAGAUCAUCUUAACUCGGACACUAGUGGUAAUUCAAAUUUUCCCAGAGCCUGAAGUAUGCGGCACAUUAACAAGGAUUACAACGAACACGACAUCGAAAACAUAAUUUGUUGAAUGAUGAUGAUGAUCUGUGGGGGAGAGAAUUUUGAAGAGGUGCUAAGAUUAAACCCAAGAUUGCCCUUGCUAGAGAAAGGCAGCUUAUAUGAAUUGCAUCGGAUAUCUGAAGGCAUUCCAAGUAUUUGGCCAUCAUAAUGUGUAUUUAUUUAUUUAUUAAUUAUAUUGCUAUUUGGUUGUUACUAUAUUUUCCCGAGGCGCCUCCUAUAUGUUAUUCAUUUAGAAAGGAAUAUGAUAGCAAUUCGUCUAUUUUGGUCCUUGAUGGGUUCUAUGAUCUUCAUGAUAUCUGUAAAUAAACCUUUGAUUGGUUUGCCAUUUCCUUUUCUUUUUUUUUCCUCUCUCUUAAAGUCCUUGUUUAUACCAUGGAUCAUAGUGGGACAAAAGUUGUUUCUAAAUCUGUACUGUCCUCAAUUUCAUAUGUUAUGAAUAUCAUA